UCACCUAGCGGUAUCAGCAUCAACUCGUAGUUGUUUAAUUCCGUUUAAUCUAUUACAAUUUCCCGAUGCGCUUCAGUUGAAGAGCUGUCAACACAAAUUUGAAGGAGGAAAAAAAAUAGCAAGAUUACGGCUGAUGACCAAACUUGAUUAAAAGUUUAGGCUAAGCACAUCAAAUGAAAAUGGAAAGAUCUAACAAAAAAAAUUGGAAUUGUUUUAUCACAUGCAGCAAGAUACCCCUGAAAAACUGGUCUUGAAUUCUGAUCAUACAGAUCAGAAUCAUUACACCGUUCAUUUAGGUAGAACAACAACAAUGCAGAAUAAAGUGUAGGAGUCACAGAGAAAGUGCAGUGCACGUAAACAUUGAAGUUCAUUGUGAGGUCAAGAAUCCAUCUUAUUGUACUAGGGAACUAUUUAGUAUUUUUAUAACAACAGGGCUGAAGCUGUCCUUCAGCUUGGUGCUGUGUGCUUUUUGGCUUUUGUACCUUCUGCCUGAUGGAAGGGGGAAUACGAGAGAAUAGAGUGGGUGGGAAAUUUGCUUAUGUUGUCUGCUUUGCUAAUGUAGUGAGAAAUAUAGACUGAGUUCAUAGAGGGGAGGCUGUUUUCUGUGAUGUGCUGAGCUGUGCCCACAACUCUCUGCAGUUUCUUGUGUUCACAUGCAGAUCAGUUGCCGUACCAAGUCGGUAUGCAUCCAGGUCGGAUGCCUUAUGUGGUGCAUUGAUUAAAAUUCGUGAGGGUCAACAGCAUACCAAAUUUCUGAAGAAGAAGAAGAAGAAGAAGAGGCAUUGUGGUCUUCGUGGUUGGGCCAGGACAGGCUACUGGUGGUAUUAACACUUUGGAAUUGGAAGCUCUCAACCUCAACGUCAUUGACUUAGACAGGAGCGGCAUACCCACCCCUUUCUGAAUUCAACAUGACCAGCCCUUUUGUUCUGCUAACAUCAAGGGAAAGUUUGUUGUCGUGACACCAUGCUGCCAAGCUCUCUAUCUCCUUUCUGUGCUCUGACUCAUCAUUAUUCGACAAUAUGGCCCACUACGUUGUAGUAUCGGCAAACUUGUAGGUGGGGUUAGAGCAGAACCUGGCCACACAAUCGUGAGUGCACAAGGAGAAGCGCAGCGGGCUGAAGAUGCAAACUGAUGGAGCACCACAUUUAGAAUCAUCGUCACAGAGGUGUUGCUACCUAUCCUUAUUAAUUGCUGUUGCUGUCUGUUGGUCAGGAAGUCAAGGAUCCAUUUGCAGGGAAUGGGGCUGACGUCCAGGAUCUGGAGCUUGCUGAUGAGUUUGUUCAGUGUUACAGUAUUUCAGACUGUAGUCAAUAAACAAUAGAUUAAUAGAUUCUGGUCUUUGCUGACCAGAAGCUCCAGAGAUGAGUUUAGGCCUGGUAGAUGGUGUCCACAGUAGACCUGCUUCAGCGUGGGUGAAUUGUAGUGGAUCAAGAUGGUCUGGGAGGCUGGAGCUAAUGCUUGUUAUGACCAGCCUCUCAAAGCACACAUAAUAAUGGAUGUCAGAGCCACUGGGCGAUAGUCAUUAAGGCACAUCAUCUUGUUUUUCUUGGGUACCAUGAUGAUAGUGGUGUUAAAGCACGUGGGAACUACAGAUUGAAGAAGAGAAACAUUUAAAAAUGCCUGCAAAUAUUCCUACCAGCUGAUCUGUACAGGAUCUAAGGACACGGUGGCUUGUUUUGCCACUCUUAUGGUCAAACACCCAGAUGCCCGACAUGCAUCUUAGUCCCUGUGCAUGGAUGUGGCUGCUCUCCCAAAAACUGAGUUGGAUGGGGAUGAUCCCAGAUGGUGCAGGUGUGAGAGGAGAAUCUGACCGGGAAUGAAGAGGGAUAGAAUGACCAUAGCUCUUGGUGCAGGGAUUGUACAUCUGCAGAAAUGUCCUGCUCCCAGUGAAGCCCCUGCCCAGGGCUUGGAACAACAGCUCGAUCAUACAUUUCCAAGGUCAUAAUACCAGCUGGAGGCCUAACAAUCACACCCGCUGCUUUGACAUGUCCGGAUGAAGGUAGCUUCGUUCUUAGUAAUUUGAAGGCUGUCUGGGCUACUGGAGUUAGGCCGCCACAACCAUGUGACUGAUGGACGGCACCAACACCAGAGAGGAUGGAAUGGACACCUGAAUCCACCCAGAAGGAAUUAUAACACAACCAAUCAACUAAAAAAAGCAGAGGGGGUGAUGAAUUGGGGCAGGGAAAGGAGAGGGCUCUGUAGCUGCUGCCUUUUACUCUCUCUUCUGCUGGGGAAAGGCCCUUCAACUGGUUCAGCUGAAGUUUGCAUAGGCUUCAAGGAAAGUCCGAGAUUUUGAGGAAACUUCUUCACACACAAAAUUCUGGAGGAACCCAGCAAGCCUGGGGAAAAAAAGUACAGUCGACGUUUCUGGGAUUUCCAGCAUCUGCAGAUUUUCUCUUGUUUAAGGAAACUUCUUGGCCUGGGCCAGAUAAUUAGGGACCAGAGGGAGUUGGUGUCUGUUAAACCUGAACAAAUCAUAUUCCUUGACUUUUUUUGUUUUUUUUAUAUAUAGUUUUUUUUCGCAAAACAUUAUGCUACCCCUUUUUCCAUCUGCCGUGUAACUUCAUCCCGCAAAGUGAGAAUUUGGCGCCGCAAUGGAGAUUCUCAGUUCUGCAAACUUGACAGCAAACAGCAGAUCUCGGGUGGAACGGGAGAAAAUCGAAAGUGCGUCAGUCUAGCGAACCGCGAGACACUUUUGGUGCAUGAAUUUUGAAGAUCAUGACGUUCAGAAAACAUACCCAUGUGGCAAAUAUCCUUGGGAUUGGUUUAUUUUGUAAUUUAAGUUAUGUUAAUUAAAACGCAAUUUGAUUUCCUAAAUGAAAAGGAUUUUAGGGAUUAUGGCAGUUUAAGAAUACGAGUGUCCUCGAAUUACUUAAUAUUUAAGCGGAGUAAAUAAACAAACAUCUUUAUGUAUUUAAAGUAAUUUAAAGUGAUUGUUUGACUGAACUAAGCCGGCAGAUGGAGAACAAUUACGUUGAGCUUUAACGGCAUUUGCGGCGCAUCCCAGCGUGUACUUUUGUUUUCCCGUCAUUACGAAUGCAACAUUAGAUAUGCAUGUAAAAGUAUGGAAACAUUCAUCAGGAUUAUUCUAAUACUAUUAAGAGAUUACCUUGUGGAUGAAGUUUUCCUCUCCGAUUUUGAAAUCAGAAUUUAAAAUUUCUUGGGUAUGUUUUAAAAUCCGAACUGCUACAAUGCAGGUUUUAAAGGAUUUGAAAGAAAGUUGUGUUAGCUGUUUGGGAGAGAUAACAUUGCCUCCUCCCUCUGGGUGGCCCCCCUUGUUGCUCCUAUUAGGUGCUAAUUACAUGCAACAAAUAAACAAUUAUCGCCUCAUGCUUCCACGUGGGGGGUUCUUUAUUCAAAUGCUAAAACUUUCCAACUAUAUUACUUUAAUCAGUGACGUCGCAAAAUUCUACAAAUAUAUGGGACGGGAGCAGGCGAGCUGGUAAGGGGAGCGAAAGUGAUCGAGGAUAAUGGCCAAAGUUCGCCCCCGAGAUUUGACUGGUGACUUAAAAGCUUACCAUCAGCCUGCAGAAACUCGGAAGGUAUCGGGAAGAAAAGCUGCAAAACGUUCGUUCACUAUUGAGAGUAUCUUAGGGCUUGAGACGAAUGAGAAAACCACUUGUAUUGUCGAUCCCCAUCGCCCGUGGGUUGAUGUGCUUAAUAUUGCAGCUUUUCCAGGGACAUCCUGCCCAAACUCCUCCGAGAGAUCUCGCCAUCUGCCUUACACGAGGAAGGAAGACAAUGAGAGCGACCGCGACCUUCACUGCGCCAAGGUGAACAGGCGGAGUGAGCACCGGGUCUCUUAUCCGCCGAACUGUUGCUGGUUGCGAGGGAGAAGGCCUCGAACCGCUUUCAGCAGGAGCCAGAUUGAAGUUUUGGAAGAGGAAUUUAGGCUGAAUUGUUACCCAGGAAUUGAUGUUCGUGAGGAACUUGCACAGAAACUGGCUUUGGAUGAAGAUCGAAUUCAGAUCUGGUUCCAGAAUCGUCGAGCAAAACUGAAACGAUCUCAUCGUGAGUCACAGUUUUUAAUGGUGAAAAAUGCACUAAUAAGUUCAGAUGUACAAAAUCAGAAAAGGGUAUAAGACCCUGAUCCGCAAAAAAAACACAGGAAAAUCUUGUGUACAUUCUGAUGUUCCUUCUUGUGGCCUGAGGCAAGUGGACCAGGAACACUUGUGUUUGGAUUCUGUGCUAGUUGGUCUUUGCAGGCGAUGCAGUAGGGGAAAGUGCUGAACUCGCAUCCAGGGGUUGUGCAGGAAAAUAAUUGACAAACGUCUGGUUUUUGAUUGCAGUCAUUGAACCUGACGGGAGCUAAUGUGCAUUGUACUGAAGCAGGCUGUUGCAAUGGCUCCUGACUAGCUAACCUAUUAACCAGGCAGUAGCAUCCCACUCUGAAUGUGCUUCAAGCUGUCCAACUUCCAGUAUUUUGUCCUCCCCCCCCCAAAAAAAAAGCCAAAUAGAAUCAGUUUGGUGAUUUUUAAAUUUGAUCUUGAGCGGAGAAAGCACAAUAGUCAGAUCUCUCCACUGUUUAUGCAAGUUUGCUUUACACAGAUUGGCUUUUCUCUGCUGCAGUAGUGAACCUUGUAGUUUCUGAUUCUGAGGAAAUCCAGAACCCCAAUGUACUUGGAGGAUAAUCCCCCCCACAAUAAAUCCAAGAAAGAGGACCAUGACAACAUGAUUAGAGUCCUUGAGUCUCUUCCAAAUGUUUGUAUUUGUUGAUUUCUCCCCCCCCCCAAAAAAAAGCCACACUGGGUGAUGCUGAAUUGUCCUCACAUCUGACCGAGACAUCAGUGUGCUUCAUUGGUUGCUGAGCCGCUCGGGGUGCUCUGAUCAAAUUGUGUAAAGUGUGUUUCUCUUUUAAUUCUGGGGCCACAUUGCUGAAGUGUUUGCAGAUUUCAGAAAUAGUUUUGCUAUUUGAAAAUAUUGUCCUUUUUAGUGGAACUUGGUGGGUAUACAACACCAAUAAAUGGCAAUGACGCAUAAUACUAUGAUGAACUGCUCAUAAUAUUGUUUCGAAACAGCUACUAACAUUUGCAAAGAUUGAAGUGCAAAGAAAAGUUGUCCAACAGCGAUUUUAUGAAAUUAGUUUAAUUGUAUUUCCUGGAUAACUUGUGCAGGGAAAAGAGAUUUUAGAGAAAUAUGAAAUGUAAAACUACCCAAUGUAAAAGAAAUAAUUAAUGUAAAUGGACUGGUCAUUUUACUCAAUUUGCAGGACUUUAGCUGGAGUGAAUAAUUGUUUAAUGCAUGUAUGAAAGGUCUUUCAGUGUGAGUACAACUGUCUCUUACUGAGUAUUAUCUGUAAAAAUGCCAGCAUGUUGCAAAUCUUAUAUUUAAAAUAAAAUUGUAACAAAACUAGCACAA